GUACUUCAUGCUAAUCUAUGCGUGGUUGAGUCUGCGUCUACGGGUCUUUAUCUUCAUAACAAUCCAUCCCAAACAAUCCAUAAGUUGGAAGCGCAAGUAACAUACGACGGCGUAUUAUCCAGAUGCGUUUUAAAUAUUCGUAAUCGUGUAAUUGGAAGUGAAUCUCAAAAAAAUAAUUAAAUCUAGUGAAAUUUGUUGGUGAAAAUCCUACAAUGGAUGACCCAGGAAGGAUGAUGGGUCAUGGAGGAGCCGGUUUGUUGCCUUCGCAACCCUACGGCAUCAAUCCAGGCGACGCUGCGGGUGGUGAGUCCGAGUCCCGCAAACAAGACAUUGGAGAAAUUCUGCAACAAAUAAUGAAUAUCACUGAUCAAAGUCUUGAUGAAGCCCAAGCCAGGAAGCACACCCUCAAUUGUCAUCGAAUGAAACCAGCUUUGUUUUCAGUUCUCUGUGAGAUUAAAGAAAAAACUGUUCUUUCAUUGCGUAAUACUCAGGAAGAAGAACCCCCAGAUCCACAGUUGAUGAGGUUGGACAAUAUGCUGAUUGCUGAAGGUGUAGCAGGUCCUGAAAAAGGAGGUGGUGCUGGAGCAGCAGCUUCUGGUUCUGCUGCAGCUCAAGCUGGACAACCAGACAAUGCAAUUGAGCACUCAGAUUACCGAGCCAAACUUGCACAAAUUAGGCAAAUUUAUAACCAAGAGCUGGAAAAAUAUGAACAAGCCUGUAAUGAAUUCACCACACAUGUUAUGAACUUGCUCAGGGAACAAUCUCGUACUCGUCCCAUUACUCCAAAAGAAAUUGAGAGAAUGGUACAAAUAAUUCACAAGAAAUUUAGCUCAAUUCAAAUGCAACUCAAACAGUCAUCAUGUGAAGCAGUUAUGAUUCUCAGAUCUAGAUUCUUAGAUGCCAGAAGGAAGAGAAGAAAUUUCAGUAAACAAGCAUCUGAAAUAUUGAAUGAAUAUUUCUAUUCUCAUCUGUCUAAUCCAUAUCCAAGUGAGGAGGCUAAAGAGGAGUUGGCAAGAAAAUGUGCAAUCACUGUAAGUCAAAUCUGCAAUUGGUUUGGUAAUAAGCGCAUUAGGUAUAAGAAGAAUAUUGGGAAAGCACAAGAGGAAGCCAAUUUGUAUGCAGCAAAGAAAGCAGCUGGAGCAUCUCCCUAUAGUGGAACUCCAACACCCAUGAUGUCACCAGCACCAAGACAAGAUUCAAUGGGAUACUCCAUGGGCUCUGCUUAUGAAAGUUCUCCAUAUGAUGCAAGCAGCUGUGGAUACGAUCCAAUGCAUCAGCAAGAAUUAUCCCCUUAAAAAAGAGUUUAUAUCUCUUGCUUCCGCUAUGAACUGAUUACACAUGUAUACUGUUUAAUGUAUACCAUAAUGUAUACUAAUAUUAUUUUAUAUUAUGCAUAUAAGUUACGUUUUUAUAGCUCUGUGGAUUUAUUAUCAAAGAAACAAACAUAAGCAAGUUUUUUUUUUAAUAAUUACAUAUAUACAUGUAUUUAAAUUGAUUCAUGCUCAAAACCAGCACUUCAUUUUUAUUUCUUAAGUUUUGUAAGUGUUAUCAU